ACUUGUGUCUUCACGAAAGCCAUACCUUGAUGCCAAAGCCCAUAAUAUUUAAACAGCGGCCCAUAACCUUUUAAUUGAAUAUGCCUUUUUCCGGGGACGACCCCAACUGAGGGAGAAAAAUGCAGAAAAGAGAUAAUGGCAAGCAAGGCGGAGGACCUGGCGGCGGCUCCGCCCCUCCGGCGUCGAGGAGAGGUCGUCCGUUCGGCAGCGUCGCAAAUAACCCCUCAACGUCCGGUGAAGCGGCUGCUGACGCAGUAGCACCUCCGACUCUCCUCGGUCCCUCCCUCCAAGUUCACUCCGCUUUCGCUGAGCAGAAUAAUAAAAGGAUUGUUCUAUCUCUCCAAAGUGGUCUGAAGAGUGAGCUCACAUGGGCAUUGAAUACUCUCACAUUACUAUCAUUCAAAGAAAAGGAUGAUAUUCGCAAAGAUGCAACACCACUUGCCAAGAUUCCUGGAUUGCUCGAUGCUUUACUUCAAGUUAUAGAUGAUUGGCGUGACAUAUCCCUUCCAAAGGUUAUUGUAAAGGCGCACAAUGUAAUUUUGAGAUCAGAUGAUCCAGUUCCCCAUCCCAGUUCAGGCUCAGGUAUUUCCAACAAAGAGGCAUCUGCUCAAAAUGCUAUGACCAAAUCCCGGUCAUCUGGUCGGUGGUUUGAAAAAGAUGGCUUGUUUAAUUUGGAUGAGGAAGGGCAUUCUGAAAAGCAAUUGUACGCUGUCGCUGCUUCUAAUAUUAUCCGCAACUUCUCUUUCAUGCCCGAUAAUGUAGUAAUCAUGGCUCAACACCGACGUUGUUUGGAAACCCUAUUUCAGUGUAUGGAGGAUUAUGCUACAGAGGAUGAAGAGCUGGUGACGAAUGCCCUGGAGGCAAUUGUGAACUUAGCCCACUUGUUAGAUCUUCGAAUAUUCAGCUCUUCAAAGCCUUCCUUCCUCACGAUGACGGAAAACCGUGCUGUGCUUGCCAUAAAGGGAUUGCUCGACUCUGCUGUCCAGGCCUGGCAUUGUGCAGCUGCCGAGUUAAUUAGCCGUCUGAUAAUAAAUUCUGAUAACGAGCCAUUUCUUCUUCCAUUUGCUGCACAGAUAUACACACGCUUAGUUGAUCUUUUGAGCUUCCCAACAACUGAUGCUCAAGCAGCUGCUGUCGGGGUAUUAUACAACCUUACAGAAAUCAAUUCAGAUUGCCGCCAGAAGCUUGCCACUGAACGAUGGGCCAUUGAUCGGUUGUUGAAGGUGAUCAAGGCUCCUCAUCCUGUCCCAGAAAUUUGCCGGAAAGCAGCUUUGGUUUUGGAGAGCCUUGUGUCGGAGCCACAAAACAAAACUCUUCUCCUUGGGUACGAACAUGCCUUCACCGAGAUGCUUUUUGGCGAACCAAAGUAUUCCGACAUAUUUGCAAGGAUUCUGUACGAACUAACGUCACGUCCAAGCAAUAAAAUCACAACGGCUCGAGGUAUUUGGGGCAUGUAAGUAGCAAUAUUCUCUGGCUUGACACCUCUGCUAAAUUAAACAUCAUUUAACAUGCAUUUACAUUGUUAAACGUAACUCUGUUUUGUCAAAUCUCUAGGGCCUACUUAGGUAGUUUGUGUUUUGAUGCUAACCAGUUAAGGUCUUCUUGUACCAAAAAUAUAUUGUACCAUUAGAUUAUUAUUUCUUCUAGCUAGGUGUUGACUAUUAU